AUGGGUGGGAAGGUGAAGGCGAUGGCGCCGGUGGAGGAGGUGGACGUCGCCGCCGCGCGGUACGAGCCGCUGGUGCUGCGGGCGCCGCGCCUCACGGGCUUCUCACUCCGGGCCUUCGUCUGGCUCCUCGAGUCCCCGCUCCUCGGGCCACUCGUCACCUCCGUCCUCAAGAAGCAGAACAAUAUGACGCAGAUGCUGCAGCACACGGUGAUCCCCGACCGGCCCAUGUUCUUCCCGGAGUUCCCGCCGCAGGAGCCCGAGAAAGGGGUUGUGAUCCUGGGGGAGGACAGGGAGCCUGUGGAGAGAGUGGAGGAAGCACUGCAGUGCCUCACUCCAUACGACCCGUCCGGGCGUUUCACAUCAUCGUCCGAUGAGAAAAAUCCCUUUCUCUACUGGAAGAUCCGUGACUUUGCACAUGCGUACCGGUCCGGGAUCACGACACCGUCAGCUGUUGUGGAGCAUGUCAUUGCGGGCGUGGAAGAGUGGAACAAUAAGAAGCCUCCGAUGCCAAUGCUGAUCUAUUUUGACGCUGAUGACCUCAGGAAGCAAGCUGAUGCUUCCACAAAGAGAUUUGCGCAAGGAAGCCCGAUUUCCGUUUUGGAUGGGAUCUUUUUCGCCAUUAAGGAUGACAUUGACUGCUUCCCAUAUCCAUCAAAGAGUGCUACCACAUUUUUCGACAAAAUCCGCCCUGUGGAGAAAGACGCAGUCUUAGUUGCUCGCUUACGGAAAUGUGGAGUGAUUUUUAUUGGGAAAGCAAAUAUGCACGAGUUAGGCAUUGGGGUCACUGGAAACAAUCCAAACUAUGGGACAGUAAGAAAUCCACAUUCAAUCGAUAGAUAUACUGGUGCUUCUUCAUCUGGUCCAGCUGCACUUGUCUCAUCAGGGUUAUGCUCAGCAGCGAUUGGAACAGACGCCGGAGGCUCAGUUCGAAUACCAUCCUCCCUAUGUGGCAUUGUUGGUUUGAAGACAACAUUCGGGCGCACAGAUAUGACUGGGAUGCUUUGCAAUGCUGGGACUGCUGCAGUUGCCUCACCUCUUACAGCGUCGGUGGAGGAUUCUAUGCUAGUGUAUUCUGCACUUGCAGGCUGUAGACCUAUGGAUAAGCUUACUCUGAGACCUUUGCCGCUGUGUGUUCCUAACUUGGUGUCCUCUGAGAACAACGAUAUCCUGCAAUCAGUGAAAGUGGGAAAAUAUACAGAGUGGUUUCAUGAUGUUUCUGAUAUUGAGAUCUCAAAUACAUGUGAGGAUGCACUUAGCCUCCUGCGCAACACCUUCGGAUGUCAGAUAGAAGAGAUAAUAUUACCAGAGCUUUUGGAGAUGCGUACUGCCCAUCUUGUCACUAUUGGCUCAGAAGGAUUCUGCCAGCUGAAUGCUCAUUACCAAGAAGGGAGGCGAACUGAAAUGACGUUAGAUACUCGAGGAAGUUUGGCACUUUUUGGGUCAUUCACUUCAGCAGAUUAUGUUGCUUCUCAACGUCUGAGGAGAAGGAUGAUGUACUAUCACAUGGAAGCUUUCAAGAAGGUUGACGUCAUAGCAACCCCUACAACCGGCAUUACUGCACCAAGAAUACCACCAAGUGCUCUGAAAGGAGAGUCUGAUUAUAUUGUAUCAGCUAAGUUGAUGCAAUUCAUUGUUGCGGGGAAUCUUCUUGGCUUUCCUGCCAUAACUGUUCCUGUUGGUCAUGACAAGCAAGGCCUUCCUAUCGGCUUGCAACUGAUAGGCCGUCCAUGGGGUGAGGCUAGCUUACUGAGGGUGGCUUCGGCAGUAGAGGUACUGUUCACAUUCAUCAUAACUGAGCUCUGCCUGAAGAGAAGGAAUCGUCCGUCCACAUUCUACGACAUCCUAAAGACCUGA